AUGUUUCUCGCUUCUAACAAGUCCAUGAAUACCCAGGCUGAUGAAUUAUUAACAAGUCUAAUAGCAAGUUGUGGUUUCGGAUGGGUUAAAAACCUGCUACAUCUAGUUUGCAACAACAUACAUUGAAACCUUGAGAAUAUCAGAAAGCACCGAAAGAAGUGUAUAUAUUACGAUACUUUAUACCUCCGUCAAUAUGACACCACCGCCCGGACAAGCCAAAUCCUUUGAUGACGAGGCAGAGAAGAUUCUCUCUUCGUUGGGGCUUCCGAAGGUUGAGCAUGUGGAAAUAAUCCCUUCUCCAGAGAGACGAGCGAGGGGGAUGUCAAGGGCUACGCCAUCUUCACCUCUGAAAAAUGAAGUCACACCAAGUCAAGUGCCUCCUUUAGGUGGAGGGAUGGAUCCCGUUCAAACGAUACUUCAGCAGAUAUGCAAGAAUAUAAAUGAUAAACCGGAUGUAUUUUCCCAUGGAACUGAUCACAAGAAUAUCUCCAUGUUGCCUCCUCAGGUUAAGAUUGACGACCGCGCAUCGCCUUUUCCCAAAGGCCCAGCGCCAUGGAGGCCGAAGAAAGAACCAGCUCGUACGCCCUCUCCAGCAAAACUGACGGGCCCAAAGAUCUGUUUUGGUGAUAGUGCAGAGCAACCUCGAUGGCUGAUCGAACCCAUUCCUCGAGAGGUUGAACGACAGCACCCGGUAGAAGGGUUUCCAGACUCUCAGCUGACGUCUGCAAGCUCGGUCACAUUAGGAAGACCUAUGAGACCCUUCGCAGACAGACUGGCACAUCAUCACCCUGAAUCGAACAUGUUGCAGUGGAGAUUCGAUGCCGGUGAUCCCUCGGGGUGGAACGGGUUCAAGUCGGACCAACUCUACGAGUAUGCGUACAAAUACCUUGAGAACUCGCUCGGAUUGCCCAUUAUCAGAGCACAUAUCAGAGCGGCGAUCAUGUCUGGGCCACAUUCGGCAAUUGUACCCAAAGAUGAAGAUCCGCUACCAGACCUGCCACCAGCCCCAACCACGGACUAUUUCGAGUCCAGUUCCCAAUUGCAGCGCAUUGCGGCUGACGCACUGCAAUACGAAGGAUUUGGCCGUCCAUCGCCACUAGUCAGUCCAGGUACACCUCACCGAUCUUCCAAAUUUUCUGACUUGACAACCAAAUUCAUCAAAUCAAUCAAAGGGUAUCCAGAGGCAUCAUUGUCACAUGAUGGCUCAGGAGAUAGCCCGAGAUAUAGCCCACAAGAUAGCUCAGGCGAAGGCUCAAGUGAAGAUUCCAAGCUGGAAACAACGUCCAGUGGACAGAGCGACGAGGAUGACCUUGAAAGUGGACAGCGCUCCUCACAAAAGACAUCUGGAGAUGACGGACAGCCGGCACCAAUCGGUAAGUACAGGUUUAUUAUCUUGUCUGGGGUGAUCAUCCUAGUCCUAUGCAUGUUUUUGUGCCUUUUUCUGUAUGCGUUUGGGAUUAUCAGGUGAUGUAAAUAAGAAUGUGUCAAUGCAAGACUUAUCCUUUUGUCCGAUUAUCAAAAACAUGAUUGAUAUGCAGCGAGCAUGUCGAUUGGUUGCAUGUUUAUCGGAGAAACGAAGUCUUGCUAGCAUUCCUGAUUCCCCCUUGCAUAUAGCA